AUGAAACAUUCCCCCGAGCUUGACCCGCUUGCGAGCUGCAUUCCGUGGGACCCGUCCAGCUCAAAGGGUCUAAUACACUGCUCGAUCCUCAUCGAUACGCGGUGCGCCCUCUCGACGUUGUAUCUAGGCGCCAGUCUUCAGACCCCGUGGCCACACGGUAUACGUCCACUGAACCAAGCUGCGCGUGCACGAUCCUUCGGAGACGUCGUCUCCCUCGCCCAGUGCGCCUCCGACAUCCUGCGCGCCUCGAUGGGCGAUCCGACCCUCAGCUUCAUCGCCGAGACCGCAGGGGGGCGGGCGGCGCUGCGGGAGGGGCUUUUGCAGAUGCGAGAGCGCGACGCAACCGCAAGAGCCUUAUCACAAGAGCUCGCCUGGAGCGGCGCGGCCCGGCCGUCGCUCGAGGUAGCGCAUCACCGCGUCCGUGCAGCGCGCCCCCCGCCGGCCGUCGAUCGCCCGUUGCGUGUCACCCAAGGCGCCGGCGAUUUGUGCGCGAUGCCUUGGCCUAGCAUGCCGCAGGGCGAAUGA